AAUAUUAAUACGCCUCUUCAUACCACGACUCACCACGGUCAACAAAAGUCCUCUUCUCUGUUCCUCAUUCUUCUCAAACACACACAACGUUCGUUGUAUCAAAUCAACAUGGCUUCUUCAAUCUCACAUGGUCUUGUUCUCACCACCGCUAUGGUUUUCUCAGCCACUGUCCUCUAUCUUGCUUUCUCUCAAACCCCUCACUCUAAUCAACCAAUUCUUCGCUCUUGUUUAUGCUCAGAGGAAAAGAAGAAGGAAAUGAAAAGGAAGAAGAAGAGAGUGAAAUUUGCAAAAAAUGUGAUGGUGAAGGUGGUGCUGAAGGAAGAAGAGACAGAUAUUAAUGAUGAAAUUGGAGAAGAACAGGGGAAGAAGAAGAAGAAGAACAGAGCAUCAUCAUCAUCAAUCAGCAGCAACUGCAGAAAUGAAAACCCAGAAAGCCGUGGAAAUGGAAUGCCAGCGAAUCGAAUGGCUCUGUAUAACGGGAUUUUGAGGGAUCGUGGGAACAGGGUGGCGUGCUGUCACUGAAUGAUCAUCACCAUUAGGCUUCUUCAUGUAGAUAUUUUGUUAGAAUUUAGAACAGGGGAAAUGAAAGAUAGAUCAAUGAAGCUAUCUUCUCUGUUUUUCUAAUGUUUUCUUCCUUUACAAAAGAAAAAAAAAAUGAAAUUUAAAGAUUAAUCUUAUUAUGAGGAGGGUGGGUUGUGUUGGCAACUAGAUUCAGAUUUUGAAGUCAUGGUCACUUGCCCAAUCGUUGUGACUUAUGGAGAGGGCUUUGUGAUGAAAAAUCUAAUGUAUUCAUGUGGUUGUAAAUAGAUUACUCAUUACUUUACUUGUCCGA